GGUGAGGAGAAGUAGAAGACAGUGGCGAGGAGGCACAGCUGACAGAGGACAAGUUGACUCGUCACCCUAAAACGUCUUUAGCUGGUGCUAUCAGCACAUAGCAGACACACACACACACACACACACACACACACACACUAUGUUUACAACACACAGGCCCAGGAGCUCCUUGGCAGUCAGAGAUGGAACUUUUGAGCUGAGGAAGUGUUGGACCUGGGACUAACUUCUUCUUCUUCUUCGUCUUCUUCUUGAUGCAGUCAGGAUGUCGGUGAAGCUGCGAUUCGACUCGCCCGGAAGUUCAAUCCAGCGGAGUCGCUCCUUUACCGGAUUCGGCUCUCUGACAGGACGACGGCGGCCUUCUUCUGCUCGGAACUCGCUGCGCUCCAAAGUCGCGUCCGGAGGAAAAACUCCACGAGCUCCUUUGGCUCCCAGAAGAGGAUUUGGAUCCGUCUGGUCCCUGCAGCCAGAGGAGGUGGACCGGGUCUUCCAGGCGCUACGCAAAGGCCUCAGAGAGCAUGUGCAGCGCCACCAGGCUGAGAUGGACUUCCUGUCUUCACGCCAGCGAGAGUGUAAAAGAAACUCCAGACUGGCCUUCCUGUACGACUUGGACAAGGAGAUACGAGCACAGGAGAGACACGUACGAAGACUGGAAUUCCAAAUCAGCAAGGUGGACGAGCUUUACGAGAACUACUGCGUCCAGUGGCGCCUAUGUCAGGGAGUGGUCAACAUGAAACGAGCUUUCUCGCUCUCGCCGUCCUCCAGAGCAUCCAGGGAGAGUCUUUUGGAGCUGGGCCGCAACCACAGACACAGCGUGCAGGACAUGUCGGCCAUGGAGGGUGAGCUGGAGGUCCUCCUGGGAGAACUGCAUGUGAAAAUGAAAGGUCUCAUCGGCUUUGCUCGACUCUGUCCCGGAGACCAGUAUGAGGUGCUGCUGCAGCUGGGCCGCCAGCGCUGGAGGAUCCGAGGCAGGAUUGAAAGUGACGAUGUCCAGUCUUGGGAUGAAGAGGAGAAGGUCUUCCUCCCGCAUAUCAACCACAACUUUGAGAUCAAGGUGUCGGAAGCCAAGGGUUUGGGCUGGCUGCUGGUCGGCACGGUAACCUGCACCAGCGCUCACUUCUUUGUGGCCAGUCCUCAGCUGAUGGUGGUGGACAUCACCGAGCUGGGAACCAUCAAACUGCAGCUGGAGGUCACCUGGAAUCCACUGGACAGCGCCGAGAGGGCAGGUCCUUUGUCCAUCAGCAAACAGUGGGGGUCUAGCAGGAAGACUUCUGUGCACAGCUGGACCGCACCAAGCACCCCCUCCUUCUCCGAAAAGUACUUCCUGUCCAUGGUCCGUGAGCUGCAGGACGGCGGUGCUUCUGUCCCGUUCCACGCAUCUAAGAGAGAGAGGGGAGACGUGUCCCUGCUGAGCUACCUGUCCCAGUCGUCCAUCACGUCCAACCUCAGCCAACCAAGUCCAGACCCCCUCAGCCGUGACACCAGUCUGGGGGGGAGCCGGACUCAUGUGUCCCUCGGGGAGGAAGGGGAGGACACCACGAAGGAGAGGAAGAGGCUGGGUGAGGAGGAGGAGGCGUGGGAGGGGGUGUAUGCUGCUCAGAGUAAAAGAUCUUCUGUGAUGGACCUGCAGAGGUGCGGCACCCCCGACAUCCUCAAAGCAAGCACAGAUCCACAGCUGGAGACUCAGGGGGCAGAGCCACGUCAGGAUACCAGCAGUGAGCAGGAACCCUCCCCCGCCUCACCCCAGGGUGCCACACCCCCCUCAGCAGCCACUGAGGGGCAGAGCGGAACGCAAGAGCAGGCGCUGCGACUGGGAAUGCUGAUAGUGGACCUGGAGAGAACCUUGCAGAACCAGAGCAGCUAUGAGAAGCAGCUGAGGGUCCUGAACCAGCAGAUAGUCCACCUGGCCACCAUACUGAGGAACGACCUGUCCCUGAUGAGAAGCUCGUCAUCAGAAGACACCUUGGCUGUUGAGGAAGUUCUCGGCAGCUUUGACUUCCUGUCACAUGAUGUCAGUGUGGACGAGGACGCUUCCGGUGUCACUUCUCUGAGGAGACCUUGUGAGGAGGAGCUGCUCGUUGCUCCUCUGACUUGUGGGAACUGUGGUCUGGAUCAGGCUCUGGAGAUUCAUCUGAAUACCUGCUGCAUCUUACUUCAGACGCUCCAGAGGAGCCACUUGAGUGCUGCUCAGAGAGAUCUGCUGGAGGACGUGUCUCUCCAGGCUGACAUCGUGCAGCGUAUCAGCUGUUUGCUGCUGGAGAAGAAAGACGAUCUCUCAACAAGGGAACUGCUGCAGGAGGCUCCGAAGGAGGUGCUGCUCUUCUGGGAGGACUGUCUGAGCGACAUCACCUCACCAUUCUGCUGCCGCUCAGCUGACUUUGUCACGGCGCUGAGAAGUCAUUACUCUCACAAGGUCAAGGCCAAGGUCAAGGCCAAGCAGCCAGGACACUCUGAAAGAGUGUUUAGUGGGCUGGUGCAAGAGGUGCAGGCAGCCAGCAGGGCGGCGCUGUGGCCUCCUCAGCCGCCAUGCAGCCCAGACAAGGUCAGCGUCUUCCAGCUGUCACUUUACCUGCGACGCUGCAACAUCCGCACGCUGGGAGAGCACGUGUCGCGCCUCUCCAAGGAAGAGUACUUCCUGUCCGCCAUGAGGGGACCCAAACGGAGGCGAGCUUUAAACAGGAUGAGGGGGCGGGGCAUCGCAGAGCUCCUCCCACUGGGACCCACGCUGCAGACGCUGGCGGCGCUGCAGCUGGACGCCAACCACAAAGUGUGCAAAGCCGCGGCGGACUUCCUGCGACGGGCCGCCGGCUGCAGCGCCUUCCGCUCCAAGGCGGUGGUUUACUACACGGAGAGUUUGAGGAGCACCGACGUCCAAAUCCAGCAAAGCUCCUGUUUGGCGCUCAAAUGGUUGAUGGCGACAGAGAGUGUGGACCAUAUCGCAGAGCUGUGGUGGUCAGCUGAUGAAGACGUCCGCAGCGCCGCCAAGGAGGCAGUCCUGUCUUUUGGUGGCAAAGGUCACGAGGCCUUCCAGAGGAUGGAGCAUCUGGACAUGUUAAUGCAGGAGGAGUUCUACCAGAACCUUGAGACUGAGAUCACCGUCCUAUAGGAACAACUUUUCACCCAUUGUGGUCCCCUGUCUUUGUGUGGACUGACGGAGGACUACAUCAUGCAUUUUAUUUCUUUAGCAUUAUUUUGAACAUUUUAUUUUGACACUUCUUGUUUAACCGGAAGUAUAUUUUGAAAGGAUGCCAAAUAGGAACGCUGGGCGAAUGAAGGUCAAUGGACAGUACAAGGUAAAGACACGGGGAAACAGCGACAAGGAAAAUGACUGUCAAAUUGACUUAGCCCAGUUGAAAGCGGCAGCCUACGAAGCCCCCGAGAGCACAUGAAGAAAAAAAAAUGCUUGCCUGAAGGAAGAGGAAACUUCCUGAAGAGCUAUGCGCUAUUUUCACUCUGACACGUAAUAUUACGACUUUAUUCUCAUAAAUUUACGACUUUUUUCUUGAAAUCUCAGAUUGUUCUUUUUUCCAAUGUGGCCCUAAUGCUCCGUCGUACUGCGGAGCCCUUGAGGAGACGUGUAGAAAAAAAAUCGAUGGGUUAAAAAAAAAAAAAAGGACGAAUUUUUGCGACAGCUCGCAAAAGUUUUGCGUUCUCGCGCAAACCUUUUGCGAGAUACUUCUGCGAGAUCUUGCAAAACUAUUUGCGUUUGGUAAAAAAAAAAAAAAAAGGGAGGAAUUUUUGCAAGACCUCACAAAACUUUUGCGAGACUUUUGCGGAAAAUAGAGCGUAGCACUUCAAGAAGGAAGGAAACUUUCUUCUUCCUUCAGGCAAGCUUUUAUUUACAACGAGGCAGCAAAACAGCAGUUGAGCACAAGCAGAUUAGCAUGUCUAGCCCUUCUCACUUCUGCCUUCCUUACCCCGCCCCCUCCACAUGCCCAAGGCCAGAGGUCACAUAAGUCCCCCCUUUUCAUAGCUGUCUCAGGCAAUGCCUGUCACAUAAAGUUACGAGUUUUUUCUUGUAAAUGUACUUUAUUAUCGGAAUAUUUUGGAAUAUUACAACUUUUUUCUCGUGAAUUUACGUCUUGUAAUACUCCGUCGUAACAGGCAUUGCAUGGUACAGCUAUAAAAAGGGGAGAGUUAUGUGACCUUUGGCCUUGGCCAAAGAUAAUACUUUUGUUCUUGUAAAUUUACCACUUUUUGCCUCGUAAAUGUACAACUUUUUUCUUGUAAAUUUAUGACUUUCUCAAAAUCUUUUUUCCCAAUGUGGCCCUAAUACUCUAUCAUACGGAAGUGUUGGUUUGUCGUAAUUUUCAAAGGAAUCAAACUUAAGAGCACCGGUAAAGCUUUGAUAAUUGGUGCUACGUGAAUAGUAAACAGAUUGCUAGCAGCAUCGUUACUUGUUGCUAGGCGGGGUUUGUGCUACUGGCAUCGAAUAACUUCCCACAUUUUUUCCUUCUAAAAAAUUUUAAGGUUUUUAGAUACCUGUUUUUUUCUGUGUUGUUACCAUGUCACCUGUAGGGAGCGGACCCACACAACAGAAAAAGGUUGACUAAAAAAACCCCAACAGGAUUUUUUGUCUAAUGCUGUCCCCACAGCACCAUCUGCUGGUGCGGAUCUGCAACAGCAUUCUGUCUUUCAUCCAUGUUUUUAUUGUUAAAUAACAUCUAUUAUUUUUUCAUAAAAGGUCUUCUUCCUUACUAAAA